AUGGCAGCUUCAACCAAAAAGUAUUUUCGCAAAUUUUGUUUUUUUUCUCUUUGUUUAUUGUCGUUUAUCACAUUUGUGUGUAUUGUCAGAACACUGAGUCUUAGUGAACACACCGACCAUGAGACAGUGGAGACAAAGAGCUAUGAAUUGGCCAUCAAAGCUGAUGAAAAGCGCCUGAAAAGGUUCCAGGAAGCUCUGAGGUUCAAGACCAUCAGCUUCAGUUCAGAAAAGAACAGCCCAGAUGAGUUGAUAGCUUAUACACAGUUUAUCAAAAAGUCCUACCCGAAUAUCCACAACAAUCCUGGGGUUCAGCAUGAAGUCGUCAACAAUUACAGCCUCCUGUACAAAGUUCAAGGCACCGACACAAGCCUGAAGCCAUAUCUAUUAUGUGCUCACCUAGAUGUCGUACCCAUUGAUGGUCAAGAGUGGAACCAGCCAGCCUUUGAGGGAAAGAUAGUUGAUGGAUAUAUUUAUGGACGCGGGGCACUUGAUGAUAAGCAUGGACUUAUGGGCAUCCUUGAAGCACUGGAAUAUUUGUUGGAGAAAGGCCACAAGUUCAAGAGGACAUUCUAUGUUGCUUUCGGACAUGAUGAGGAGGUGACAGGUUUUGGUGCUGAGGCAAUUGCAAAACUUUUUAAAUCACGAGGUUUAGAGUUCGAAUUUGUCUAUGAUGAAGGACUUACGGUCAUAGAAAAUGCGAUGGUUGAAGGCCCUAUGGCAGUGAUUGGAGUUUCCGAGAAAGGUUUUCUGACUUUAGAGCUGUCAGUUGAGUACACGGGCGGUCACUCUUCGAUGCCAGACAGUGAGGGAGCUAUCAGCAUCCUAGCAAGGGCAGUUUCAAAACUAAAAGAUAAUCCUCAACCAAGUAUGCUGGGCUAUGGUCCAGAGAUUGGAACACUCUUAUCUACCGCUCCGAAGAUGAGUUUCUUGAACAGACUGGCGAUAGCAAACGUGUGGCUUUUCAAGCCCAUAAUGUCUUGGAUGUUAUCUCGCAAACCAGCGUCAAAUGCUUUGAUAAGGACAACCACCGCAGUCACCAUGUUCCAUUCUGGUGUUAAGUCUAAUAUCUUGCCCCAGUCUGCCAAGGCCAUCGUCAACCACAGAGUACAUCCGGCUCAGACACUAAAAGAGGUUAUUGAAUAUGACCGACAAGUUAUCAACGAUGUCAGAGUCAAUAUAACCAUGCAAGAUGGAGAUGACCCACACCCGAUGUCACCAUACGAUGAGACAACCUUCGGGUAUCAGAUCAUCAAGAAGAGUAUAAGCACGAUAUUCCAGGAGGCUGUGGUGGCACCAGGAAUAAUGAUAGCCAACACGGACACCAAACACUAUCUCCAGUUUUCAAAGUGUAUUUAUCGCUUUCGCCCAGCCCAUCUCUAUCUCGAGGAUCUGAAUCGCAUUCACGGCAAAAACGAGCGGAUUUCGGUGAAAAAUUACGAGCAAGUUUUGAACUUUUUCAUGGUGUUGAUGCUGAACGGAGACUCGUCCACUUUAAGACCUCCUCACGAACAUGGCGAAUUGUAAUGAGCUAGGUAUGACAUGUUUACAGCAGAACCUUCCUUAGUGGACACCUCUUUAUCAAGGACACCCUAUCUGUUAAGGACAAUAGUUUUGGACACAAAUUAGUCGCUUCCAUUCAAUUUGACCUCCCUGAUCAGGAGACCUCUCUAUUUAGGGCAGCAUUUGUCAGUAAUGAGGGUGUCCUUAAUAGAUGUUCUGCUGUUAAUGAAAUUGGUGAAAUUAGGACAUUUCAAAUUGUGUAAAUAUUUACUGAAUAUAAACCUUAGCAAUGCCUCUGUCAACACAAACAUGUAUCCUUUAAUUGAGCAAAUUCGAAAUAUAAUGAUAAUGUGAUAUUUGAUGUAAAUUUUCUUUGCAACUUUUCUAAUUUUUGAUGAAACAAAUAUAUACUAAUUUCAGUAUUGA